AUGCACGUCAAAGACAUGCUCGCGGACAACGAGUCCGCCGGGAGGGUCGGUAUCUCUUUCGAAUUCUUUCCUCCGAAAACGGCCCAGGGUGUUCAGAAUCUCUACGACAGAAUGGAUCGGAUGCACUCUCUAGGACCCUCCUUCAUCGACAUCACCUGGGGUGCUGGUGGUCGGUUGUCGGAUUUGACCUGCGAGAUGGUGAACGUUGCUCAAUCGGUGUACGGCUUGGAGACUUGCAUGCAUCUGACCUGCACAGACAUGCCCUUAGAAAAAGUGAAUGCUGCACUCAGUGCUGCUUACAAGGCAGGCUGCACCAACAUCUUGGCGCUUCGCGGUGAUCCGCCCCGUGACAAAGAGGCAUGGGAAGCCACUGAAGGAGGACUCCGUUAUGCAAAGGAUCUGGUCAAGUAUAUUCGGGAGAAGUACGGCAAUCAUUUCGACAUCGGUGUGGGCGGUUACCCUGAAGGCGCAGACGACAACCCGGAUGUGGAUCAGCUGAUCGAUCACUUGAAAGAGAAGGUCGACGCUGGAAGCUCCUUCGUCAUCACGCAGAUGUUCUACGAUAUAGACAAUUUCAUUGAAUGGGUCAAGAAAUGCCGUGCCAAGGGCAUCACAGUGCCUAUUAUUCCCGGUAUCAUGCCUAUCUCCACAUAUGCCGCAUUCAUCAGACGAGCGAACUGGACAAAGGCGCGGAUCCCACCAGACUGGCUCGAGGCUCUGGAACCGGUGAAGAAUGACGAUGCUGCUGUCAAGGAGAUCGGAAAGCGGCUGGUUGCGGACAUGUGCCGACGUCUCCUCGCGGCUGGCAUCAAGCACCUGCAUUUCUACACCAUGAACCUGGCACAAGCGACACAGGCAGUCCUUGAGGAACUUAAACUGAUUCCCUCGGAGGAGACCCCGCUUCAGAGACCCCUGCCCUGGCGGCCGUCACUCGCACUCAACCGCCGCGGGGAGGAUGUCCGUCCCAUUUUCUGGCGCAACAGAAACUCCUCCUACAUUGCCCGUACACAGACAUGGGAUGAAUUCCCGAACGGCCGUUGGACCGACUCUCGGUCCCCUGCCUUUGGUGAGCUCGACGCUUAUGGCAUCGGCCUCAAGGGCACAAACGAACAGAACAUCAAACUUUGGGGCGAGCCCAAGUCUAUUCGCGAUGUAACGCAGAUUUUCGUUCGCUACUUGGAAGGGAAGCUGGACCGUCUGCCAUGGAGCGACUCGCCAAUCAGUGGCGAAGCCAAUGCCAUCAAGGACAACCUGGUCCAGCUGAAUAGCAGGGGUUUACUCACAGUCAACUCGCAACCUGCCGUGAACGGUGUGAGAUCGUCUCACCCUGUGUUUGGCUGGGGUCCCAAGAACGGCUUCGUCUACCAGAAGGCAUACCUCGAGCUCUUUGUACCUCCCUAUCUGCUUGACGAGCUGAUCGCUCGGAUCGAGAAGAAUCCCGACUUGACCUACCAUGCCGUGGCCAAGAAUCGUGAAUUGCGCACCAACACUCGUGACAGCCCUAAUGCUCUGACUUGGGGUAUCUUCGCCGGACGAGAAAUCGUCCAGCCGACCAUUGUGGAGACGAUCAGUUUCUUAGCUUGGAAGGAUGAGGCAUACCGCCUGGGUGAAGACUGGGCCAAAUGUCAUGAUGCCAGCAGCCCUAGUCGGAAGUUGAUCCAGGAUAUUAUGGACAACUGGUACCUGGUCAACAUCGUUAACAACGACUUCCACAACACGUAUGACCUCUUCGACCUGUUCAACGGUCUGGAAGUGAAAGACCUUGACGUGGAGGUCGGCCCCGACACAGUCGAGACCAAGUCCCAGCCAAACGGGGCAGUCCCCGAAGAAGUUGCCAUAAAGAACUAA